UAACACAAUCUCUAAGUGCCUUUGUAUCAUUAAAUAAUAUGUAACAGAGGUAGUAUUAAAAAAUCCAAAAAAAAAAUAAAAAAAUAUACGUAGAGCCGUUGAGCAAUUGGGGGUGUGAUAAAAGUGGACACUUGUAAACCUGUAACAAUCUAGAGACUACACUUGUCAAUUCCUAGUAAACAGUCUAAAACACCAACAUUAAAACAUACUUCUUGAAACCUGAUUUGUCCACGUUCCUAAUAACUCAACUUAAAACACCCCAUUUUCUAGCCAAAUAAUACGGACUUUGAAUUGCUUCUUGUUAAAAAUUUAAAAAAAAAUAUGGCAAACGAAGAACCAAGAGCGGCGAUAACAAUAGGAGAAGCGCUCGAAGUGGUUGCCACAAUCGUCGGAAAUAAACCCGUCGACGACAGCGAUGCCGCCGCCAUACAAGCCGCCGAGAUGAGGGCCACCGGCGCCACCUCUCCUCCUAUCGACGGUAUCGGCUUUCAAGCUCAAUCUGCUGCUAUGGUCAAUGCCAGAAGAAUUUAUGAUGAGGAGAAAACUACCCUUGCUGAAGUUAUUGGGGAUGCAACUGAGAAGUUAGAGAGUGAUAAGCCAGUGACAGUGAGGGAUGCGGAGAAGGUGAGAGCAGCGGAGCUGCAAGGGGAUGUGGAUGGCCUCGAAAGCGAUCAUACAGACGCUCCUAAGGAAUCGGUGACUCCCGGUGGUGUUGCUGAGGCAUUAGCCACUGCUGCUAAUAUUAAUCAACCUCCUUCUUAAAGCAAACUUGUGUGUACUUCUCUUAAUUAUGUUCUUACAUGUACAUGGUUUGGAGUCUUCUUUCAUUGUUUUUGUUCUUAUAAAUCCUCUGUUUUUUGGUUCUUGUUUUGGAGUUACAUUGGUGGAGGGAUUUUCUUAUGUUCAUGGGUGUCUUAAAUUUGUUAUCCUAGGUGAUUGAGAUGUUUUUGACAUGAUGAAUGAAUACAUUGGUUUCUUUGA